CGCAUUACGCAAGAGCCGUCAAGAUCAAGACGGUCGACGGCGUAUGUUUAUUACGGUGAAUAUUACGGUCCAGGCGCAUUGCCAGCAAAACCGUCACGAUAUGUGUACAAGUUAUCACGAUAAUUCUCUUAUCAACAAAACGACACACGAAAAAGAAACAGUCGCUAUCAUCUAGUGUAACACUCAUGGUUUAUAUAAAUGACCGACUAACAUUUAUUUUAAUAACCAUUUAAUCUUUGCAGUGUUGACAAUGUUUUACUUAGUGUUAUUUAUUAGCGUAAUCACGUUCUUUGCGGUUGUUGUGAAGAUAUAUCAAAAGUUGACAUGUGGAAUAUGUUAUUCAAGUGCCCACAUGGUGGGGAAAGUUGUAAUAAUCACAGGUGGAAAUUGUGGCAUUGGCCUUGAGACCGCCAAGAAUCUGGCGGAGCGUGGGGCUAGAGUGAUAAUCGCGUGCCGGAGUAUCAAACGCGCGACAGAAGCCAAGGAUGAAAUAAUUAAGGCCACCGGUAAUACUGAAGUUGUUUAUAGGCAUUUGGAUCUAGCUUCAUUACGCUCUGUGCGUGAAUUCUGUGAAAAAAUAUACAAAACGGAAAGUCGUCUGGAUGUGCUCAUAAAUAAUGCAGGUGCGGGUGGGCUCGGAAAUUACAAAACAGAAGAUGGGAAUCACGUUGGAAUGCAAGUGAAUUAUUUCGGGCCUUUCUUGUUGACGUGCCUAUUAUUGCCUUUAUUGAAGUCAUCAGCGCCUAGUCGAAUAGUUAACGUUUCGUCAGUCAUGCACAAGUAUGCCGAUGCGGAAGUGAACUUUGAAAAUUUAAACAUGGAAAAAUAUUGGAGUGAUUAUUUAGUGUAUGCUAAUAGUAAGUUAUACCUGAAUUUGAUGACAUUAGAAUUAUCUCAGAGACUUGAGGGAACUGGAGUGACUGUGAAUGCGUUGCAUCCGGGCGUAUGUGCAACAAAUUUAUUUAGGAAUAUAAAAUCUAGACUUAUACGUAGACUAGUAAAUUUAAGUGUAGGAUUUUUAUACCAAAGCCCGUGGGAAGCAGCUCAGACUUCCAUAUAUUUGGCCGCAUCACGAGACGUCAAAGACGAGAGUGGUAGCUAUUUCAGUGACUGUCGUAAAACCAAACCAUCUCUACUGUCACAAGACGCUGAAAUAGCGAAGAGACUUUGGACAGAAUCUGAAAAGCUAGUAAAAUUCUCUCUAAAUGACAAAUAAUAUUGAAUAUUGGAUAGUUUUAAUAAAUUUAUGGUUUUUAAAAUUUUGUUUUUAUUCUAUAUCGUGGAGUGACAUUCACGAUUUAUAUUAAUAUAUAUUGUCUAUGACUAUGAAUACUGACAUUAUAGGGCAAAACUUCUAUUUUUUUUAAUUUAAUGUAACCGUGGUCGUUGGUUUUAUUACAACUAUUUAAAUAAUAUCUCAUGUUGUGUGUGAAAAAAAUUGAAUUUAUUUUUAUUGGUAAAAUGGUACAAAAGUACGUAGGUUAAGAAAUGUUACCAAAUCUGAUACUAAAAAAUAUUAUUAAUAUUAAUACUAAGACUAUCACUGAUUUUAGUAUAUUCAUAAAACUCAUGGUCAGCAAUAAUUUUAGUUGCGCCUACUCUAAAAAUUAUAGCAAAAUUAGAUUCUGCCCGUAGUUUAUUAUCGUGCUCAUGCUCUAACAUCACACACGUUAAACAGACAAAGAAAUUUUUUCAAACAAGACAACUGACAUAUGUCAAAAUAACAUGACAAUUUACGAAUCAGGUCGCUACGCUAACUAGAGCCCACUCUAACUUCCAAUAUACCCACACUCUGCGACAUCGCGGGGCACCAAUAUCGACGCUACUUUUUGUAUCGAAGAAGUCCAUGGGUCCGCCGAUCGAACUUUUCUUUCUUUGUGCGCUAUCAGAUCGUACGGUAAUAUGGAAAAAAUAUUUUAGAAUCAAACAUUUAAUGACGUCUCAGUUAAAGAAUCACAUAAUAUGUGAUACUAUACCAUACUAAUGGUUCAUAAAGUAUUUUGUCAAAAUUUCUUUCAUUAUUACUACAAUAAUAAACUAUAGAGAACUA